UUUCUUAGACCACAACGACCAUUAUCAAAGAAUUGGACGGACGGGGUCUGCUCGUCGACGACGAACGCGGUCUGCUUACUGAUGUCGGACAGGGUCUACCCCGGCGGUGGUGGUCUAGUGCUGGCGACAACCCUCAAAAGAAAAAACGAAGCCCCUGAUCCGAACUCUCUACUCAAUCAAGUCCAUUUCCACCUUCACCUUCCUUCCCAAGAACCUCAGCUGGCAACCGAGCCCGAAAAUGUCCCCCAAACUCCACUCCCGCCAAAUCCGGCCUCCGGCAGCCCUCUUUAUCAGGAGAACUGGCGGAGGCCCGUCCAGAGUCACCGCGUGGCGCUGCCUCAGUCCUUCAACCCGUUCCAGCAAGCUCCUGUCGACCCUUUGCUGGCAAUGUAUCAGGCUUACGAUGUGAGCUCACUGCUGAACUUGUUCGCCGAUUGGACGACGUCGCAGCGGUGGUCGGACAUGAAGGAGCUAUUCGAGUGCUGGGUGCGGUCGUUGGACAAUAAUGGGAGCCCCCACAAGCCAGAUGUGGAUCUGUACAACCAUUACUUGAGGGCGAAUCUAAUGAUGGAUGCUACUGCUGGCGAUUUGCUUGAUUUGGUUGCGCAGAUGGGGGAUUUCAUUCUUGCGCCAAAUACAGCUUCUUUCAAUUUGGUGCUGAAAGCUAUGAACCAGGCCAGAGAGACUGAGACUGCAGAGAAGUUGCUGCAACGGAUGCAGAUCACAGGGAAAGAAUCCCAGCCAGAUGACGAGUCAUAUGACUUGGUCAUUAGCAUGCUGUUCCAGACAGGCCAGAUUGAUUCUGCCUUGAAGUAUAUUGAGAAGACCUUGAAAAUGGGUGGCAUUUUAUCCAUGAGAGUAUUUAAUAACUGUGUGCAGACUUGUAUUCGCAAACGGAGACUCGAUGUGUUGGCAUCUAUUAUUGAGAAAUGCAAGACAACGGAUCAGAACAAAGCACUCUCACCAACGUGGAACAUGUGCUACAACAUUGCUGAAGCUGCAAUGGAGGGGGAUAACAGUACCCUUGCAUUCUAUGCUCUAGAGUUCAUGGCCAAAUGGAUAGCCAGAGGGGAGAUUGCUCGGCCUGCUAUGCAUCAUAGGCAGUUCUUCGUCGUUCAUUACGUGGUGUACUAUCAACUGGAGAAUUUGAGCAAAGCUCAACCACCAUUCAGAUCUGUUGCUGCUUUUAACUGUGUAAUAUUGGGGUGUGCGAAUGUAUGGGACCUUAACCGUGCAUACCAGACAUUUGAGGCUAUUGGGCCUUCUUUUGGUUUGGCCCCUGAUAUUCACUCAUUUAAUGCAUUGAUGUUUGCAUUUGGAAGGUCGAAGAAGACAGAUGAAGCUUCAAAGGUGCUUGAACACAUGAUAGGCUUGGGCAAUGCAAUGUCAUAUUCAUUGAUCAUCGAUGCUCAUCUCAUCAACCGAGAUGUAAAAGCUGCUUUAUCCACUAUUGGCCAGAUGGUAUCUGAAGGAUAUCUCCCCACAAAGGAAAUCCUAAAGAAGGUCAGAAGACGUUGUGUACGCGAGAUGGACUAUGAUAACGAUAAAAAAGUGGGUUCUUUGGCUACGCAGUUCAACAUUAGACUGGGUGGAGAGAAUCGUAGGAACAUGCUAUUCAAUCUCCAAUAUAGCACCGAUUUGCUUGAUGGGACGACUCAUGAAUUUUCUUGGUCGAUCUUAGUUGACAUGCACCUAGCUCGAUCUUGUUCUCUGUUAUUCGUUACAUCAGUUCCUGCUUGUAAAUUACCUGAGAAUGUACGCUGCUUCGAGCAAUGAUUACUAACUAGAAUCAUCAACCCACAACAAAAAGCUCUUUACGUGGGUUCUGAGCUCUGGUAGCAGUGAGAUAUGGAUUGGCAAGAAUUUUGUAAUAAUUGGUAGAAUUUUUGGAUUUGAAGUUGAGUUACUGCCACGCUUCAUGCUAGGAGAGCUUUCCUAAUUCUUGUAGGAUAAUCCUCCUUGCAGUAUAAAAUGUUUUGCUAGGU